GGUCCUUUUUUUAUGCAUUAAUUAGAUAAUAAAAUCAAACGAAAAUUACCUUCCAUCUUAAUAUAGGGAGAAAUGCAUUUAAUGUAUUAUACCGAUGACAAAGGGAAUCGUAUUUACACUCUCAAGAAACUCAACCAGUAUGGUGGAAUCACAAAAUCAGCUCACCCUGCAAGAUUCUCACCGGACGAUAAAUUCUCUCGUCAUCGAGUUACAUUAAAAAAACGAUUCAAGAUUUUAUUAACACAAACACCCGCAAAACCUUUGUAAAUUACCAAUGAUAGAAAGAGAAAAGGUUGUAUUGACUUCUCUCCAAUAACACUCACUUUCUUAUGUUGAAUACGUGGUGAAUCAGAUCACAACAGCUUUUUAAUCAAAAUAAAAUUUGAGAUUUUAUUUAAAUUUUAAAUAUUCUAUUAUCUGCUUUAUCUUAAAGUUAUGUGGUCUUUUAUGCGAAUAAAAAAAUGAUAUUAAUUAAAUAUAUAUAUAUAUGUGCUAAAAAUUUUAAAUCGU